UUUCAUCCGGUCCACAGUCGAGGCAUCCAAUUUACGCAACAGUCAUCGUCGUGUAACAAUUUUGAUUUAUUUCAUUGUUAAGUCGUUAUUCUUGGUUAGAAGAAACUUUGGAAAUGUGUAUCCGAAUCAAAUAUUGUUGUUGCUUGAAAGUGAAAAAAGCCGCGCACAUUGUCGGCAUCCUUUCCAUUAUUUAUGGUUUAGUGAAGACACUUUUCUGUUGUUAUAUCUUGGCAAAACACGAACAAACUGCCUCCCAGAACUCUGCUAAAAAUUUCUACAUCACGAAGAUCGUAUUGGAGGUGCAAUUGGUAGUUUAUUUCUGCUUUUUCUUGAUCAGUGUUCUGAUGUACAUCGGCGUAAAAAUUACUAGUCACCGGUUGAUGUUCCCGUGGUUGAUUGUUACGACUCUAUUCAUUAUAACAGAUUUGGCAGAAGCAAUUUUUCUAAUGAUACAAAAACGUUACAUUCUUGGAUCUACAAAUUUGAUGGAUGCAAUAUUAGCGAUCUGUUGUUUCAUAUGUGUCUACUCGCAUUACAAGAACCUUCAGGAACUCUCUCGACCUAAACAAAUGUUGUAACUUCUCCUUAUUCGAUUUCGAUCAAUCUCUAAUUCUUCUUAAAUGAUGAG